UAAUGCACUCCCCGACCAUCAGCGGGAAACCAAAAUGGCGAAUGUACUGGGGGAAAAUGAACCGUUUGUUAUUUUCUGAGGAAGGCAUGAGCCCCGCACGUUUUCACGAUAUACUUUCAAGAUAAGUCAGACUGCAAAAGCGGCGGGACGACAGCGGUUACUCCUAUUAGUUAUUUUGUCGUACGAGUCAUUUGUAGAAGCGGAGGUGACCGAAUGAGAGACUCAGGGGUUGUGGAUCACCUGUCUAUCCAUCAGAGAGCCCUUCCCCAGCGGCAGCAGCGGGCUGUCCCACUGUCCCCCACAAGCCUUUCUGCUCGGGGAGAGUAUGGAGAAGACAGCAUGUCUGACAGGUUCUCAGAGGGACAGGAUGUCCUGGCCAGGUGGUCAGAUGGCUUGUUCUACUUGGGGACAAUCACAAAGAUAGACCAUGACAAGCAGCGAUGCUUUGUGGUAUUUGAAGAUCGCUCAAAGUCCUGGGUUCUCUGGAAGGACAUUCAGACAGGGGAUGAAGAUGACGAUGAUGAUGACGAUGAUGACAUUGUUUGCUCCAUAUGUCAGGAUGAAACUUCAGAGGAACCUAAUGAAAUUGUCAUUUGUGACAAAUGUGGACAAGGCUACCAUCAGCUGUGCCACACCCCCAUUAUCGAUGCUACUGUCAUUGACUCAGAUGACAAGUGGCUCUGCUCUGAGUGUGAACUUACAUCUAUACCCAAGAGGGGGAGUACACAUAGAAGGGGAGUGAACAGUAAAAACUAUCAGGAACCACAGGAUCAGCAGCGCACAGAGCUGCACCUGUCCUUCCCGUAUACUCUGAAUGAAUUGGUGUGGGACCAAGGUCAUAAGACGAACAUGCAGCAGUGUUACUGCUACUGUGGAGGGCCGGGAGACUGGUACCUGAAAAUGAUGCAGUGUAACAGGUGUGAGCAGUGGUUCCAUGAGGCGUGUCUCCAUUGUUUACAGAUGCCCAUGCUUUAUGGAGAUAGGUUUUAUCUGUUUGUAUGUUCUGUUUGCAAUGGUGGACCAGAGUACCUAAACCGGCUGCACCUCCGAUGGGAGGAUGUUGUACAUCUCAGCCUGUACAACUUGAGUGUGAUCCACAAGAAGAAGUAUUUUGACUCUGAGAUGGACCUGAUGACUUACAUCAAUGACAACUGGGAGCUGCUGCAGUUGGGGGAGCUUGCUAACACUCCAAGAUCUGAGCGAUAUGAAAAUGUUCUGGAGGCACUAAAUAACAACAACAGCAUGUUCAUGUCAGGAAAAGAGGUAAAGAAAAAGAAACACUUGUUUGGGCUGAGGAUCCGUUUCCCCCCGGCGCCCCCCAACUCUGAUGAGCCAACAAGCAGAAUGAUGGAGAGGGCUUCACACGAGAUCACCAUCAAGGGAUGCAAGUCCACUAAAGCCCGGUCUGGAAUGAGAAAUUGCAGUACUCUAACGAAUGGCACUGAGAAGAAGAAGAAGAAAAAGAAGAAAAAGAGGAAACAAGCACAUUCUCUGGAGACUCUAACUAGACCUCAACGCUCCAGUGAACUCUUGUCCCAGGAAAUGAGAAAGCCACUAGAGCCCCACUCAUUGGAUCACUUAACCUCUAUCAAAAGUGAAAGAUCUCUGCUGUCUUGUCGGACCUCAGAUGUGGAAUCAAUAGGAGCCCUGAGUACCACAGAAACUACCUCAACUAGCAUUUCGAGACAGUCCAGCCUUUGUAGCUCCAGUAAGACCCGCGCCACAGCCUGCAUCAUGCCUGUUUCUCCUCCACCUUUAAAAAGAAAACGUGGGCGGCCACGACGAGCCCUGCAGCCCCAAAACAACGAGAUCCCACCUCCCAGCAAUGUAGAGCCAAAUCCUUCAGCCACAGAGAUGCUUAGUCCCCUCCAAGGCCUGCCCUCCACAGACAUAGUUCAUGGUAUGGACCCCAACAGCCAGCUGUCCCACCUUAGGAGCUCCAUCAGCAGCUAUUUUGGAGCUGCAGGACGGUUGGCGUGUGGGGAAAAGUAUAAAGUCCUGGCCCGGCGAGUCACCCUCGACGGGAAGGUCCAGUACCUGGUGGAGUGGGAAGGAGUCACCGCCUCUUAAGACUUUUACUAGCAUGUACAAACGCUGACGGCUGCGCUACGGACAUGUGCAGGCAGCCUGUAUUCAAAGCAUUAAUUGAUAUAUGCUUUUGCUGUUUUGUUUUUUUUUUCUUUUUUUUUUCUUUUUUAGUUUAGACCAAACCAAGAUUUCCGUGAGUUUAUCACAGAGCCUACUGUUUGACUGCAGUCUGGGCUGAUUACCAUACAUUGAUGCAUCAUUUCUCAACACUUGUGUAAAGAUGAUAAUUCCGUUAUCGUUGGUAUAAGGCGUUACACCAAUUCAACAUCUGAUUUAAGUGUUUACAGAGCCCCCUCCCAUUUAUUUGGGGAAAAAUAGCCGGUCACUGCACUGCACCUGCAGGCUUUCAGUGAGCCGUUAAAUGUGCUUUUUUUUAAUCCAGUGAUAUGCUCUUGUUUUCAGACUAUUAAAGUUUGAAGCUAUCCGUUUUUCUAAUCGAAUGUAGGUAUUAAAUGAUACAUACUGGAGAGGAGGAGAGGGGAAGUUUUUGGUUGAAGAUUUUUCAUCGCUUUUAUUACUGCAUUGAAAAGUUACAUAAACAUUUAUCAUCAUUUAUUUUCUUACCAGAUUUGGUAAAUAAAAUGUGUCCGUUUACAGCGCAGUUCCCCUCCUACUCCAGUUCCAGCUGUGAGGACUUCAUGUUGCCUUGGACAGACAGACUAGUGACAAAUUAAAGGAAAAACAAACAAACCUCUUGAUGAGCCACUGGGCAGUUUAGGUUUGCUUUAAUCUGUAACUUGUCUGUAUUCUGGCCUUUUUAGUUGUGCUCAUUUGUGAACAGCCUGAGAAGAAAAAAUAAGAGAGACGUGCUGCUGCAAAUGUUUAUUUUAUAUAGAAUUAUACCACAUUUAUUAAUUGCCUUUUCCCUCUGUUGUCAGCCAUGGGAUCGCUUGCACUUAACAGUUUAGCUUGGAGAUCAAAAAAUUUGAGGAUAUGCUGAUAGAAUGCAGCUAUGCUCAUCUUAGUUAAAAUUUAACAUUUCAAACAUGGCCAUGAUGCCAAGGAAAAUCUGAAAAUAACAUUCCUAAUAAAGUGUAAUUUCAGUAUAUAAAUAUUCAUAAAUGCAAAGCCCAUGGGGAAUUUCUUAAGUUAUCUCCAUUGUCCAACAUAUUUUAAAGAUUUUUUCCCCCCUUUUAUUAUCUUGACUAAAUAUCCCUUUACUCAUUUUGAUUUUGACUUUACUAAAAUUACUUAAGGACCUACUUUUUAUAUAUAUAUCGUGUAGUUAUUUAAAACAAAGUGCUACAUAAGAAAAAAGAGGUUUACCCAAUGUGACUUCAGAAUUCUUUUUUUCAUGCUGCCUAUGCAAGUUAAGGCCUGGAAAUGAGUCGUUAAUUUGUUAUUUGAUGAUGAGGAUUCCUAGCUUGAUUAUUUUUAAGGUGCAACAUAUCUGAUGUUAUAAAUAACUGUGUUUUACCCGUGUAGUUGACACACUCAGAAUAGGCCCAAAUACUUCACUGAACUGCAUAGGCAAGCAAGACAGGUGGUUUUGUUGUAAGUUAUUUACAUUGAUGGUCAGUAUUUUCAUAUCAAGUUCUCUGUCACAUGUUAAUGUUGUAAGUGGUUUUCUUUAUAGAAAAUUGUUAAUUUUACUGCUUGUAUCACUUGUUCAUACUGAGAUACAAAACAAUCACUGGAAAGCUUAUGUGCUGUAUUUAGUAGCAAGAGGUAAAUAUUCAGUCAGUCUGGCCAUCACUUUUUUGGAGAUGUUUCUGUUAUUGUGACUCAGAGACAAACACUUGUAAAAUGAGCAGACCUUUUUGACAUUAAUACCUCUUCAUUGAAAGGAUGUUGGCAGUUCAGUUCUGUUUCAGCUCUCCAGUCAUGCUGUACCAUUGGCUCCCAGCAGGCUUCUUCAGCCAAAGAUCAUACGAGUAACGUCUGCUUUGUCUCUUGAGAUUCAUCGUAUCACAUUUUAUACAUCACUGUAUAGGGUGACCUUUUAUUUUUGAACCUUUUUUUUUCUACAGAAUAAAUAAAAAGCUGAUAUUUUCAAUUGUUAAA